UCCUAAAAUCCCGUUUGGUCUCGCGAUAAUUCCCAUACCUUUAACUUGUCUACGCAUGAGAAACAAGAAAGGCAAAAGUCAGCUUGCUUUUAGUAGAACUACUUUAACCGGAGGACAUGAGUGUAAAACUCACACAGGGGGCAAUUGAAGCCCUUUUCAGUGACUCACAGGUGGUGGACAAUAAUCUUGUGCUGCAGCUGCUGAACAUCCGUGAUGUCAGUAAUGGCACAACUAUACCCAGGUACCGGCUCAAGAUGAGUGAUGGUCAGCACUUCUGGUCUUCCUUUGUGUUGGGCACACAGUUAAACAAUCUCCCACAAGAAAACCUCCUGGUACCUAACUGUGUGUGUAUGGUGAAGAAGACCACCAAAAACACAUUGUCAGAUGGAAGGCAUGUGAUGAUUGUGUUGGACAUGGAGAUAUUGCGAUCUGCAGAGGAAACUGGAGGGGUUAUUGGAAAUCCCACUCCAUAUAAUCCAGCUGGUAAGACGCCAUCUCCACAGAAGUCUUUCUCAAAUACCUUUGUCCCAUCAUCCCUUCCAUCUGCUGCAGUACCUGGACCCUCCUACAAGAGCAACAGCACCUUUUCUUCUCACCGAGGCCAAGGAAGUGGUUUUGUGGGAAAGUCACCCCUGAAAGCUUCACCCAUAAAGGGCUCACCAAUGAAGGCCUCACCCAUGUGGGCCUCACCCAUGAAUGCUUCACCCAUGAAGGCCUCGCCCAUGAAUACUUCACCCAUGAAGGCCUCACCUAUGAAGGCCUCACCAAUGAAAGGUUCACCCAUGAAAGGUUCACCCAUGAAGUUUUCACCAAUGAAGGGUGCCAGCUCUUCUCCAAGUUCUUCAACAAAAGUGAUUCCUAUUGCAAGCCUCAACCCCUACCAAAGCAAGUGGACUAUCAGAGCCAGAGUCACCAACAAAUCCAGUAUCCGCACCUGGAGCAACUCUAGAGGAGAGGGCAGGCUCUUCUCCUUUGAGAUACUGGAUGAGAGUGGAGAAAUCAGGAUCACAGCCUUCAACAACGAAGUGGACAAGUUUUUCUCUCUAGUGGAGCAAGGCAAGGUGUACUAUAUCACCAAGGCUACGCUGAAGGUGGCCAACAAACAGUACACCACACUGAAGAACGACUACGAGAUGACACUCCACGCUCAUUCAUCCAUUGUGCCAUGUGAUGACAGUCAGGACAUUCCCGCUAUGCACUGUGACUUUGUGCCCAUUGCGGAGCUGGAGAACAGAGACAAGGACGCCAUCAUUGAUGUGAUUGGAGUGUGCAAGAGUGCGGAUGAUGUAUCCCGUAUCACCACUAAGACCAGCAAAGAAGUCUCCAAGAGGGCCCUCAACCUAAUAGACACAACUGGCAAAGUGGUGACAGUCACACUGUGGGGAGAGGAGGCCGAGAAGUUUGACGCCUCUGGAGAGCCUGUGGUCGCCGUCAAAGGCGCUCGCUUGUCUGAUUUUGGGGGCGUUUCUCUCUCUGCUUUGUUCAGUUCAACAGUCAUGGUCAACCCAGACAUACCGGAGGCCUUUAGUCUGCGGGCAUGGUACGACCAGGGAGGCUAUGCGAUCGACAGCCAGUCCCUGACAGAGACAAGGUCAGCGGGCAGCGGAGCAAAGGUGAACUGGAAAACACUGAGCGAAGUUAAGAAGGAACACUUGGGACACGGAGAGAAGGCGGACUAUUUCAGCUGCGUGGCGACGGUGGUGUUCAUUCGUAAGGAGAAUUGUCUGUACCAGGCCUGUCCGUCCGCAGACUGCAACAAGAAGGUCAUCGACCAACAGAACGGACUGUACCGCUGCGAAAAGUGUAACAAAGAGUUCCCCAACUUCAAAUACAGAUUCAUGCUCAGUGCCAAUUUAGCAGACUACGGGGAUAACCAGUGGGUGACAUGCUUCCAGGAGACAGCUGAAGUCCUGUUGGGUCACAGCGCAGAAACACUGGGACAGCUCAGAGAAACAGACGAGGCUGCGUUCGAUGAAGUCUUUCAGAAAACCAACUUCACAACUCACAUCUUUCGAAACCGAGUCAAGCUGGAGACGUACAACGAUGAGAGUCGAGUGAAGGUAACAGUAAUGGAGGUCCUGCCAAUAGACCACAGGGAAUACAGCAGGAGGCUUCUCAGUAACAUCCGCAAAUUGGCCGUCUGAACUCCGUCCCAGUCAUCCGAACGGCUGCCGGGUGAUUAAACACGUCUUCCACUGGUCUCUGACUGGUCUCCGACUGGUGUCGGCCUGCGAGAUAACAGCAUAUCUGACUGAGGCAGCAGAGGGCCGGCCGGUGAUUCAUCUGGCUAAAUGGCAACCAAACAACAGACUGAUAUUUAGUUGAUCACUUCCUUCAACAGGGCCAUUUGUGAAACACUGGAAAUAUGAUGGAAAUUGCUUUUACAUUUUAAUUUAACAACAUUUUAACAAAGAGUUUUGACUAUUUUAUUACACAUAACUGUGUUUGAGGUGUUUUUUAUUGUGUAUCAUGUAUCAUACAUGCUUAGAUCACAGCACCCUCUCUCUUUCUUUUAUAUACAAAUGAGUCAUCUCUUUGGUUUUCAAAUGUGUGAUGCUCAGUGUUAGUUGAGUAAGAUGUAGAUGAGUCAGAUUUUAAUGUUCAUUGUUUGGUUUUAAAGAUGAAAGCAUGGCCAAAGUGUGUGGGUGUUUCACGUGUUGGCAUUUGUUUUAACUGUUUUACUCACAGUGUCUGCUACUUGUUAAAAUGAUUCUUUGAGUUUAAAAAAAAAAGCGAUGUUUGGUUUGCUUCAACACUUCUUGCAAAUGUCAAAAAAAGAAGCGAGUGAUUAAAAAAUGUCAUAAUAAAA